CAGGGACCACAUCUUGCCUGCCUCUGUGUUUAUCACUGUAUUGUAAGCUGCCUCAAUCCUGCAGGAGAGGUGGGGUAAAUAUAAAAUUUCUAUUUUAUUGUACAGUAUUCUAUUCCACUCAGAAUGGAAUGGGAAGAGGAAAGAUGGAGCUGGGAGAUGGAGAGUCCUUCCAUUCUCCCCUGACUUCUCCUCUUGACACCUGAAGGUGACACAGGGCUGUCAAGAGAGCUUUUCUCCCCGUUCUUAGGGUCCAGUUCUGGCCUCUGGGACCCCUGGGGCUGCUUUGGGGUCCUGGCAACCCAGCGGUCUUUCCACCGUACAGACUGUCUCAAUUGCACUACCCCAGUUGACAACACUUCAAGUGCACAAUGUUUCCCCUAAAUAAUGAAUGAAGGUCUCACAAUGCAGGGGUACAGAAAGUGACUGCGGUCUGGCAUUGCUAGAUGGAAAGGUUUCUUUUGCCUGCUUAGAACUGGGGAAUGGGCAGAGGAAGAAACUGGACUCUUGCCAUCAUUUGGAGGAAUGGGUUUCUUUUGCAUGUUUCGAAGCAGGGCCUGAGGAGGAGGAGGAGGAGGAAGAAACUGGAAUCUGGGAGUUUUGGUCUGGCUGGGUUUCCUCUGCUGUUUGGAGUCUUAUCAUCUGGAAAGGAGGGAUUGUUUCCUCUGCCCAGGAAAAGCCCAAGAGAGGCUGAGCAGAAGGAAGCCGGUUCAAGCAGGAGCAGAUUCCUCACCGAAAGAUGCCAGUGAGCUUCUCGACAGCCCUGCGUGUUUUGGGGACCAGCCUCUUUGCGGCAGUGGUACUGGGGGGCAUCUUGGCGGCCUACGUAACCGGCUACCAGUUCAUCCACACCGAGAAGCACUACCUCUCCUUCGGCCUCUAUGGGGCCAUCCUGGGCCUCCACCUUUUCAUCCAGAGCCUCUUUGCCUUCCUGGAGCACCGGCGCAUGCGCCUGGAGAGGGGCCGGCCCUUAAAGCUCCCAGGGGCCCGCGUGGCCCUUUGCAUUGCCGCUUACCAGGAGGACCCGGACUACCUGCGCAAAUGCCUCCGUUCGGUCCAGCGCAUCUCCUUCCCAGGCCUCCGGGUGGUGAUGGUGGUGGACGGCAACAGCCAGGAGGAUGCCUACAUGCUGGACAUUUUCAACGAGGUCCUGGGUUCCGAUCGCCACAGUGGUUGCUACGUCUGGGAGAGCAACUUCCAUGCCCAGGGGGUCAGCGAGACGGAAAGCGGGCGCCGCAAAGCCAUGCACCACAUCCAGAGCCUGGUCCGCCACAACGCCUAUUGCUGCAUCAUGCAGAAGUGGGGUGGGAAGCGGGAGGUCAUGUACACGGCCUUCCGGGCCCUUGGAGACUCCGUCGACUACGUCCAGGUGUGUGACUCUGACACAGUUUUGGACCCUGCUUGCACGGUGGAGAUGCUGCGGAUCCUGGAGGAGGACCCCCGCGUCGGUGGAGUCGGCGGAGAUGUUCAGAUCCUCAACAAGUACGACUCCUGGCUCUCCUUCCUAAGCAGCGUGCGCUACUGGAUGGCCUUCAACGUGGAGCGGGCUUGCCAGUCCUACUUUGGCUGUGUGCAGUGCAUUAGCGGACCCCUUGGCAUGUACCGCAAUGCCCUCCUGCAGCAGUUCCUGGAGGACUGGUAUCACCAAACCUUCCUGGGCAGCAAAUGCAGCUUUGGGGACGACCGGCACCUCACCAAUCGGGUGCUGAGCCUGGGCUUCCGAACCAAGUACACGGCGCGCUCCAAGUGCCUGACGGAGACUCCCACCCGAUACCUGCGCUGGCUCAACCAACAGACGCGAUGGAGCAAGUCCUACUUCCGGGAGUGGCUCUACAACGCCCUGUGGUUCCACAAGCACCAUCUUUGGAUGACUUAUGAGUCAGUGGUGACAGGCUUCUUCCCCUUCUUCCUCAUCGCCACUGUCAUCCAGCUCUUCUACCGUGGGCGCGUCUGGAACAUUCUCCUAUUCCUCCUGACGGUCCAGCUGGUGGGGGUCAUAAAGGCCACCUACGCCUGCUUCCUCCGGGGCAACGCCGAGAUGAUCUUCAUGUCCCUCUACUCCCUCCUCUACAUGUCCAGCCUCCUGCCGGCCAAGAUGUUCGCUAUUGCCACCAUCACCAAGUCCGGCUGGGGCACCUCUGGCCGCAAGACCGUGGUGGUCAACUUCAUUGGCCUGGUGCCUGUCUCCCUUUGGGUGGGCGUGCUGGUAGGUGGCCUGGCCUACACGGCCUGCAACCAGGACCUCUUCACAGACACUGAGCAGGUCUUCCUCAUCUCGGGCGCCAUCUUGUAUGCCUGCUACUGGGUUGCCCUCCUCACCCUCUACCUGGCCAUUGUGGCCCGCCGGUGCAGCAAGCCGCAGGAACAGUACAGUUUGGCCUUCGCAGAGGUGUAAGGCAAGAGGGAGCCAUGGCAGGAGGGGAGGGAAGUGCAAUAAUUGUGAAGGACUGGCAGCCAUUCCUUGUGGUCAAGGGAGGGCUGGGUCCACCCUGCUUGGGACAGGACUUUGUUUUGAAGAUAUCCAGCCCAAAAAGGAAGCUGGGGAGCAUGAAAUACACACAGCUGGGGAAGGAAGCCGGAAUUCCCACCUUGGAAACUCCUAAAAUGGAUGCUGGUGCUCCUCUUGCAGAAUGCCAUGGAUUCCCAGGGAAGUUUCCAUUUCCAUCAGAUGUGAGUCUUCAUUCUCCCCAGUUUUAUGCAAAGGGCACUGCCUCCCACAGAAGGGCACUGGUGGGGCAGGCACGGAAAACCUUCCAUACAGCAUGUUCAGGGUAUAAUCAUAAUCGAGGCUGGCAUUGUGGGUGGGUGGUCAGGGUGAGGGUCCUUACCUGGAGCAAUAACCCCCUUGAGGGGACCAACUGAAGAAGGGGACUCUCUGCUCGACUCAGGUGCCACUGUUAGUUUUGGUCUCUCCCUGGGGAGAGUUUUGAGGAUCCCUAAGCUUUUGUUCUCUGUCUUUUUGUAACCAGCAGUUGGGGCCUGAGACGCCAGAAGGCCUUGUGAGGGGCUAAUCUUGUGGUCCCCCGGCCCCCCACAGUCCUCCAUCCCUGCCAUAUGGGCUGCCUUCAGCCCAAGGUGGGAAUGCCAUCCAUUAGCAAGAGGGCACUGAGGCAGGUAGGCAGCCACUCUUGUUCUGCCCCAACAGAAUACUUGAAAAGUUCCCCUGGUGCUCACAGCAGCGGCAGCAACAUGCCAAGGUGAAUGUGAUUAAACAAGCUGUAUGCUCUGGAAAGUUAGUCUUUGGACUGCAGUGCCCAAAAUCCCCCUAUGCUAACUGGAGGUGGAUUUAGGUGUUGCAGUCCUUAAGAAACAUCUCCAAGCUCACUCUGUAGAUUUCUGAGGUGUGGACCAUGUAUCCCCAUCUGCACAUAGACUAUUCUUGCAGUUUGUGUUUGUUGGAGGAACAGGUCACCCCUUGAACCCACUUUUGGGGUGCUCAGGGGCCGCAUUUCCAGACAGUCUAUGGCUUGCACCAUCAGGGAAGGCAAAGAGGGUGGUGGUGAGGUGGUCUGGAAAGUGUUCUGGCCCUUUCCCAAAGUCAGGCGAAGUUUAAUACUGCAAGUAAGGUACCUCACUCGGUCUCUCUGCUGUCGGGGUCCGGUAACCCUUGGUGCUUCUUUUUGAGGCCUCUCUCUCUUUCCACUGGUGCUAAACCAAGGCAUUUCCAACUCAGAGAAAAGGGGAGAGAAACCAAAGCUAUUGGUGCUGUUACCUGAUCUAAAAGCCUCAUCCUGGGCUCUGCUUGGCCUCUCGGAAGGCUAUUUCUUCUGCCGAAAAGGCAUGCCAGGGAAGCAGGGGUCAUUUGGCACCAAGCUCUGGUCCAGAGCAAACAGGCACCUUUUAGGGCAAAGCCACACUUUUGAGGUGGAAGAGCUCAUCUGGCUUUACCCAGGUGCUGCUGAGAUGGCUAGGCAAUGUGAAGAGGGGAUUUGAGGUACCAAACCCACUGCCUGUCUCCUCUCCAAGACCUGAGAGUGCAAUGGUACUAUCUAACCCAUUGGGGGAAUAGCUCAGGACUCAGCGACUCCAAUUGUGAACAAUUCAGUCUUGAAAAUGAGCUUCCACCCUUUCCUUUGGUUUUAAGAAACACUGCUUUUUAGAAGAAAAAAAUCCAUCUUCCUACACAAAGCAUACGUUUUGAGAAUGUAUGAGCAAUAUGUUUUUUAAAGUGCUGUAAAAGAAUGAGUCUCAGCAGUGUUUGGAUGCAGCUUCUUCAGCAGCAGUUGGUUCUCUUGCUACCUCUCUCCUCUGGCCUCCUCCAUUGCUUGGAGAAAAAGAGAAUCCUAGAUGAUAACAGAUAUUAAGAUACUCAGUUCUGAACAAGGCAAAGCGGAGGUGAGUCCAUGCUAAUUGUAAUAGAAUUUGGUUUGACUGUUAAACUUAUGUCAGAGCAGAGUUAAUUUCCAAGUCCCUUCAGUAGUGCACAGAGUAUUGCAAUUUCAUCCCCUGCAUUCCAAGCAAUCCAGGGAUUUGUAGUUUAAUGGGGGCAUUUUUAAAAAAUUUCUUCUGCAAAUCCUGGGAGUCAACAGAAUUCAACUGUGGCUGUUAGAGAGGUAUCAAAUUGCUACGAUAUGGAAGGGAUCCAAAUCAUGAUGCUCCAGAUAUGGGUUUUCAAGUCCUGAAUUGUGUUACUUGGACCCCAUGUCUAGGUCACUGGAAGUGGUGAAAUCCUAUCUCCCUUCUCCUUGGUAGACACCAAAUGUUCAGUUUAGGUGUGCAGUGGGAAAACCUCUGUGCAUGUUCAGAGGAGCUGCAUCCCAACACAUUUUGGCUCCACAGAAGAAGUGGCAUCCAGAAGUUACCCUUGAACCAGGCAGAUGGACAGGAGGCAAAGCAAUGGGUUUUGUCCGCUGUUGUGUGCAGAGUGCCAUGCUAACUUGAUUUUAUCCCCUUUCAUUUCCAAACCAAAGUGUUUUUUCUGAUGACACAGGGUGCAGGUGCCCCUUCCUGCCUUUUCAUUGCAAAGAAAGACAGCUAAAUAAUGCAGAAAUAAUUCCAUGGUGAGGAAUGUUGUAACCGGAGGGUUUCCAAUCUUCUUCCACUGGAAUAAAUUGGUGACCUUGCACCAGAAUUUGGUGUAUUUGUGGGGAGUGAGCAGAGCCUGGAGUGGGAUUUGCUUGUUCUGACUGCAAAAUCUGCCAAGCAACCAUGAGGGUAAGAUGCUUGCUUUUCACGAGGAACGGCGCAUGAUUCCCAGAGGCUUCUGCGCUGCUUAGACUCUGUGCUUUGACGUCAUGCUCUCUUUAAGAUUAGAGGGUGGCCGCUCCACCUUUUAGCCUCGCUGUUGUUUGGGGUCUGCCCCAGCGCCCAUUCUCCUGCAACCAAGAUGUAGCAGACUCCAUAUGUCUGCCUCUGCCCCACUGUUUCCCUCCUUCCUUGGUCUCAAGCCACAUCCCUUGUUCCUUUCCACCUCCUAUGCAAUCCCUAAAAUGUGCCAGGGGUUGCGCCUGAAUCCUUCUUUCUUCAUGCAUGAUGGCAGGGACAGAAGCAGCAAUUCACAAGAGGGCAAGGGAACCUUGGAGGCAUUUUGCCCCACCAAGCAUCCUUAACUAUAACCUUAACCAAGCAUGGCAAUCCCAAAUUGACAAAUAGCUUGGAAUACAGGGAUAACAGCAGCCCUCUAGCAGUGUUUUGAUUGCAGCUAAGACGUUUCCCAGGUAAGACCUCUUGGCAGCUAGAGAUGGGGAUGCAUGCAAGGGCUAGAAAGCAGAGGAGGAGAUGACUUUUUCUAGCAGACUGGAAGAGACCCAGUAUCCCCGAAUACAUCUUGGGAAGGAACCAAAGCAUGCUCUCCUACAAAAAGAGGAGCCGAGGGCCGCCAAGCCAAAUUGUAUGGCUGCAGGGACAGAGCUGGAUGGAUGAAAACCCUGAUGGUCUCCAUAGUCCUCCCCAACCAACACUGUGACAAAAGGUGGAGACCUCCUUUCCCUGCCAGGCUUGCAUUCUUGCUGCAGAUACACACACACACACACACACACACACACAGCCUGUCCUCUGCUGCCUGUGCUGGUCCCAGGCACUGAGAUGGAUGGGGACGAUGGGCUUUGUGUCUCACUGGCCCCUUCCCCCCGGCUGCUUUUCCUCCCCAACCUUUUUCUACAUCGACCCGUUUGCAUUUCUCUUAUUUAAGACGACAUUUGUAGGACGUUUUUGUACAACCCUUUGGUAAGACAAUAGUUGACUGCUUGAAGUUAUUUGUAAGGAUUUA